GUAUGUAGUGACCUGUCGACAACCGACGGACAAACAAACCGUCCUAACGAGUAUUACCUACAUACUUUCUUCCAUAUAAAAAAAAAAAACAAUUUUUAACUUUUAUUACACGUUCAUUAAGUUUGACAAACAGGUUUGUUUCAGAGAGGAAUUUUAACCUUCAAUUUAUUACGCAAAAAACUUUGAACUAAGAUUAUAUAUAAUUUCCGUUGCAAUAUCGAAAAAGUGUGUUGAGUGACAUCAAUUAUUUAUGUGCUGAAGUGUGUGACACAAGAACUUUACUAAUAGUUUGAACAAUGAAGUUAAGAAUUAAACAUUUACCUACUAUUACGUCCACUAUAUUGGCGGUAUUGAUCAUCAUAACGACAUCUCUAGCUUUCCACUAUGAACACAUAUCAUCAUAUAUACCUUAUAUUAGUGACACUGGAACCAUUGCUCCAGAAAGUUGUAUAUUUGGUCAAUUCCUAAAUAUAAUUUGGGUGAUACUUUCAUUUGCAAUGUACUGCAAGUUCAGACAAGUGACAGAUAUUUUAAAUAAGCAUAACAUGACCCACAAAGAAGCAUUCAAUAAAUAUACCUUUAUUAUGGGUUUAAUAGCAGGUUUUGGUAUUAGUGUUGUCGGGAAUUUUCAAGAAACCAAUUGUUUUAUAGUUCAUUGGCUUGGAGCAGUAAUGUGCUUCGGGUUCGGAUCUAUAUAUCUGUGCAUGCAGACAAGUAUUUACUUAGCAAUCACUCCGGUAAUUGGACAAAUGGUAUUGACAAAAAUAAGGAUUGUAAUCUCAGCUUUAUCAGUCAUAACAUUUAUUAUAUUUUUUAUUUCUGCGAUGGUUUCCUACACUCAGUUCAAAGGCACUAGUUAUCUACAUUGGAAGUACGAAGACGGUGGUUAUGAAUUACAUUUAAUCAGUUCAGUUACAGAAUGGUUAUGUGCUGCAUCCAUAAUGACAUAUGUGAUGUUAUUUAAGAAAGAAUUUGAACAUACUGUAGUUCAUGAACCGAUAAUCGAUACGGGCUUAAUAAAACCAAAUAACCAGUUGAAACGAACUGCCAGUAAUACAACAACUGAGGAGAAAAAAGUCAAUAGGCGUAAGAAACCAAUUCGCAAAGAUUAAAAUGGAUAGCCUUGGGAUGAUGUAAAAAAUUACAAAUGAAAUUCUGUAAAAAUGCAAUACCUAGAAGUCUAUAGAAAGGAAGAUUUUGUAGGAUUAGUUUAGAUAGUAAUGCAUAUUUCAUUUAAAUUAUGGUCUGUUAAUUCUUAGCUGCUUACUACUUAGUUCAAUGCCAUUUAAAAAAUUAAUUUUAUAUGACUCUCUCAUCAGUCAUAAUAUAUUACGGUAUCAAAUAUAAUAAGUCAUACACUGAUUAUUUUAACAGACGGGUGGCAACAGUAAACACGAUUAAACCAAGCGGAGACUACGAACUUAUAUGAAUAAAAAAGGUAUUUCAAAUGUAACAAAGUUACUUAUGUUUAUGCAUUGACUCCGACUUUGAUGUUAAGAGACUUAGUUAAAAUGUACGAGUAUUGUUCCUAGAUCUACCAACUAGCUAACUAGUGCAGUAACUGAUGAUUUUCUCCUCCGAUUUCGUUGAACCUUCAUUAAUUUUCAUGAAAAUUGGUUAGUAGUUAGAGGAUACCUCAAGGAACAAAGAUGACAUGACGCCAACUUGCGCUUUUACCCUGAGGGUGGAUGCCACCCCUUCCCGGGGGUGAAAAUUACUUUGUUAAAAAUAAUACCACCAAUCGAUAGAGGGACAAAUUAUAAGCAAAAUUUAUGAUAUAAAGUUAUUAAUAUAAAUCAAUACUUUUUGAAUUAUUAAAGAUCAAAUAUUUUAUUUUUUUCGUAAAGAAAUGCAUGUUUUAAAGCUGUUUUUCACGUAUAACUCAAACACUAUAAGCUUUUACAGAAAAAUUACUAUUACCAAAAUUGAAGAUAAUAAAAAAUUUAAUACACUCCUCACUUGAAGAACUAAACUAAUGUUAAUUCAAGGUGAGUUAUGGGUAAUUUAAUGUAUAUUUUUUUGACGAAUACUCAAAUCUAAGUACAUCUUCAAUCUUAAAUAACGGGAAAACUAUGCCUUUUAUAAAAUAUACCUGUUAAACACUUGUCAAAGUACUUCGGCAUAACUGUCAAAUCAGCUUCAGAAGAAGUUAAUAGCAUUAAAAUUAAGCAAGUUUUGAUGAAAAUAAGAAAAGCCUUUUUAAUUUUUAGGAAAAAGUGAAAAAUAAAACAUACGCCAUUUCCACAAAAAUUAAAAUUUAUAGUAAUCCUUACUCUAAUUUCUUUAUAUUAGCAUAAGUAAUGAUUUCAACAAUUUUGAUCUGUUUAGAAUGCAUAUUUUUGAAAAAAGGUGUAAUUAAAAAAAUCAGAAUUUUUAAAAUUAUCGUAAUUUUCAUUUUUUUUAUAAUAACUCCAAAAAUACUCAAUAUACGUAAAAAAUUAUACAUUUCCAAAUUUUAAUUUUUUUCUGUAUUUUUUUACCAGUUUUAAUGUUUUACCAGUUUUACUAUUUUUGUAGGGUAAACAAUAACCGAGAUAGAAACGUUUAAAGUUUUACCAGUUUUACUAUUUUUGUAGGGUAAAAAAUAACUGAGAAAGAAACGUUUAAAGUUUAAAUUUUGCUGCGAGAACCAUGUAACCGGGACCAUUUAACCUUUUAUUUUUUAUAAAAGUAAAGGGUUUUUAAGAUUAAAUUCAACGCGGUUUAAUAGCCAUUGGAAUUAAGUUUCAAAUGGUUUUCAGGUGAACCUGAUAUCUUAAAAAUUAACGGAGUUAUUUUAAAAAAACACAAUAACAUUUUUUGGAAAAAUUUUUAAAAGAUAAAUUUUGAAAAACUUUUGGAGCAUAAAUUUUAAUGCAAUCAACUUGUUCGGGGGCUCAGUUGAUAGAUAUUUCUAAGUAAUUUGACAAAUGUUUAAUAAGUUUAUGUUAUAAAAUGCAUCGUUUUCCCUUUAUUUAAGCUUGAAUACUUAGAUUUGUGUACUCGCCGAAAAAAAAAUAUACGUUCAAUUACCUAUAACUCACUUUUAGUUAACACUAAAAGGUUUUUCUAAAAAGGAGUUUAUUUCAUUUUUUAUUAGCUUCAAGUUUGGUAAUAGUAACUUUUUUGUUAAAACUUACAGUUUUUGAGUUAUUUAUCAAAAUUUGAUUAAAAACAUGCAUUUUUCUUACGAAUACCUAAUUAAAAUAUUUGAUCUUUAAUAACUCAAAGAGUUUUGAUUUAUUUUAAUAACUUUAUAUAACAAAUUUUGCUUAGAAUUUGUCCCUCUAUCGAAGCAUGGGGUUAUUUUUAAGAAAAUAAUUUUCACUCCCGAGAAGGGGCGGCAUCCACCCCCAGGGUAAAAGCACAAGUUGGCACCAUGUCAACUUUUUUCCUUUAAUCACUCACCAAUUUUCAUGCAAAUCGGUGGAGGUUAAACGAAAUCUGAGGUAAUAGCUCAUAUCCACCUUCAGUGACUGCACUAAACCUAUUUUUUAUAAUUUUCAGGACUUUUGUAAUUUUAUAGUAUUUUUUGCUAUUGUUCAUACGGAUAUUUCUUAGUAAGAGUCAUUACCCUAAUUAUUUUAUUAUUACCUUUUUUAAUUAGUAUAGUUCAGAAAGCAUUUAUUUGUCGUUAUGUAAAUUUGUUUUUGUAGGGAAUUGUUAAAGGUUAUAAUUUGUUAGUUUUUUCUAGAUUUUUAAUGUUUUCUUAAUAAAUUGAUUUAAUCAAAAA